AGGAAGAGGGCUCCGUCCGGCGGGAGCAGCGGCCUCGGCAGCCCGAUUCUCCCCCAAGUCCAGAAGUUGCACCCCGGCGGCGACACCACGACGGCGGCGGCCUCAGCCGACUUCUUCCCCUUCCUCUGCCUUCCCAUGGAUAUGCACUGCAAAGCAGACCCCUUCUCCGCCAUGCACCCAGGGCACGGGGGUGUCAACCAGCUCGGGGGGGUGUUCGUCAACGGGAGGCCCCUGCCGGACGUGGUGAGGCAAAGGAUCGUGGAACUGGCCCACCAAGGGGUCCGGCCCUGCGACAUCUCCCGCCAGCUCCGGGUCAGCCACGGCUGCGUCAGCAAGAUCCUCGGCAGGUACUACGAAACCGGCAGCAUCAAGCCCGGGGUGAUCGGCGGCUCCAAGCCCAAAGUCGCCACCCCGAAAGUCGUGGAUAAAAUCGCCGAGUACAAGAGGCAGAACCCCACCAUGUUCGCCUGGGAGAUCCGGGACCGGCUACUGGCCGAAGGGAUCUGCGACAAUGACACCGUCCCCAGCGUCUCCUCCAUCAACCGGUAA